AACCUGAGAGGAAGGUGGACCAAACACCGAAAAUGAGUUGAACUCAAUUUGAAUUAAUGUCCGUUUUAAAACUGGGAAAUGGCAUCGACGUUGAACUGGUGGAUACUUUUUAUAUCGAUAUUUGCACACGGCUGUGAUGGGGUGCAGGUGACGGUGCGCGAGGACAAGAAGUUCGCCACACUGUUCCAGUCGGUGGUGCUGCCAUGCCAGUACUCCACCCCCUCCACCCAGAAGGCCGUGGUGCAGUGGUGGUACAAGUCCUACUGCGUGGACCGCACGCGAGACGCCUUCUCCUUCCCCGAGUCGCUGGGCCUCCACACGUCCGAGCUGGGCGCCAACUCCUACCUGAACUGCGCCGACAGCAGCCGCACGGUCCACAUCGUGGCCUCGGGCCAGGGGGACUCGCAGACCCUGUCGCCCCAGUACAAGGGGAGGGACAUCUCCAUCAUCAACCAGGCCGACCUGCGCAUCGGAGAGCUGCAGUGGGGGGACAGCGGCGUGUACUACUGCAAGGUGGUGAUCGCAGACGAUGUGGUGGGACAGAACGAGGCCUAUGUGGAGCUGCUCGUGAUGGGUAGGACAGGUGAGCUGGAAGAUAUCCUGCCUGAGUUUGAGAUGGAGAUUAUGCCAGAGUGGCUGUUUGUGGGGGCUGUGGUGCUGGGCAGCGUCCUGUUCCUGCUGCUGGUGGGGGUGUGCUGGUGCCAGUGCUGCCCACACUCCUGCUGCUGCUACGUCAGGUGCUGCUGUUGCCCCGACACCUGCUGCUGCCCCAAGCACUUGUAUGAGGCAGGGAAGAUGAUCAAGAGUGGGCAGCCCACCCCCAUCCCCCUGUACGCCCCCUACUACCUACCCGGUGUGCCCACCAUCGUCCCACAGCCCUCCCUCUCCAUCAUCGAGCAGCCCAAGAUGAACUCCUUGCCCCCUUCCGUGGUGGUGGACCACAUCGGCCCUGGAGUGCGCAGUGGCUAUCGCCUCCAGCAAAGUCAGGGUCAGGACUCUAUGAAGGUUGUGUACUACAUAGAGAAGGAGCUUGCACAGAUCCAGCAGCAGCCCCAGAUGCCAAACCAUAAAUCCGCAGGCAGCGUGUCCGAGCUCAGCUCUCUGCACGAGGCGGACAACGAUUUCAGGCACACCUAUCGGCAGGUGCAGAGGAAGGCCCUUCCACCAAUCAACGACUUUGAGGACGAGCCACGAAUACACACGAGCUCCACCACCCACGGACCGCCACGGUCAGCACGCUACGCCAGCAACCACUCCGAGGAGCACCACACGAGCAGGUGGAACCCCCGGACGGAGCAACUGCAGAGGAAGACUCUGAGCUCCAGGGGGCGCACUGGCUCCCUGGACGAGCUGGAGGAGUUUGCCCGCUCCUACGGCAACAAUCACAGUCGCCGGGCCAACGGCAAGCACCCCGCCGCCCUCCGGCACCUGGAGAACGAGUACGACCUGGAGCUCCGGCCCAGAGACGACUUCUCAACCUUCCGGGACCACUCGCCCUCGCCGCCGCGCCGCUACCGUGACGACCGUGACGACCAUGAUGACCGUGACGACGACAGCCCCGGCGGAUGGCACAGCCGCCACAGCCCUCCGUCGCCCCGCAAGCGCCGGAACACGGCCGACAGCGAUCAGCGCAUCGGCCAUCGCAGCAGGCCUCGCGGUGACUCCUACGACGACGCCUUCCUCAGCACGUUGCUGGAGAGGAAGGCCCGGGGCGGGGGAGGAGGUGGGAGAGGAGGAGGAGGAGGAGGAGGAGGAAGGGGGGCGGAGGACGACAGUGACACGCCCUCUAAAGGCAGCUCCAAGAAGAGCAGCGACUACUAUAGCAGGUCGCCUAGCAACCGGCCCGAAGAGGACGACCCCUUGCCUCCGUACUCGGAGCUGGUGGGGGACAGGGAGAGGGAGAGGGAGAGGGAGAGGGAGAGAGAGAGGGAGAGGGAGAGAGAGAGGGAGAGGGAGAGGGAGAGAGAGAGGGACAGGCUCCGGCCUCCCCUCCCCCCCGACCGCUACCGGACUGUGGAGCCCAGCAGCCAGCCCUUCUCCUACACGCGGCCCCCCAACGGGCACGCCAUCGGGGCCCACACCCUCCAGGAGCGACGUGAGGACCGCGACAAGGCCCGGAAAGUGAACGUCGUGAACGCUCAUCACCUAAGCCGAGACUCUCUCAUAGUGUGAGAGUCCAGCCGUGCGAUCAGGCGAGCGAUCGAGCGAGCAGCCUCAGAGAGCAAAGACACAAACACAGGCUGUAACACAGGCAGGCAGGCACAGCAGACUAACUAAAGCAAACGGCACGUUGUGGCUACACUGCCCCCCGCAGCAUCUCCACAGCCCUGCAGCCUUCACACCGCCUCACUGACCGGCCAGAAGGAAAUAACAGGAAAACACAGUCACCCAGAGGACACAGCGAUCACGCUUGUGUGUGUGUGUGUGUGUGUGUGUGUGUGUGUGUGUGUGUGUGUGUGUGUGUGUGUGUGUGUGUGUGUGUG